GAUGUGAGUAGCGAACGUGAGUAAAUGGUGAUAGAACAGCUAGUGACAGAGCACGCGUUGAGAUUGAUGUGAUUUCCUUUUAAUCAACAUUUAUACAGAGAACAGAUUAUGUCAGACUUUUUAAACUCAAUUUGAACAUUGAAACAAACAUUUUAAUUAUAUAUUGAUAACGAUCAUCAUGGAAACUGUUAAGCCUUCGCCGAACGUCAAUCAAUUUAUGGAAACUGUUAAACAUUUGUGGAACGUCAAUCAAUUUAUGACAAAGUUCAAGAAUCCAUUGACUACAGAGUUACAAACCUUUUAUAUGCAAAAAUGUAAAAAUCUCAGCAAUAUAGUGGAAUUACCCAAGCAGAACUUUGGGCCGUCUGUAAUGUGUUCCCAUUGUGGAUCACUUUGGAGCACCGUGGAUCAUCAAGUUCGGAUAGUACGUGGUAGAAAAAUGUCUAAAUCAAUGAAAAAGAUUGUGAGACAUAUGAAUGAAAAUUCAAAUCAGAAGAUUCCAAAAGUUUGUGUUUCUUUGGCACAAAAAUCUAUCAAAAAUGAGAUGAACAAAUUGGUUAUCAAGUGUUCUAUCUGUUCUAAAAAUACCAUAUUGCCAUUCAAAAAGACAAACCGGCUAAAGCCAAUCGAAUUAGAUAAUACCCAGAUACAAACACCGCAAAGUAAUCGUAAAAAGAAAAAGAAGAAAUCUAAGGAUAAGACUGCUGGUUUGAAUAUUUCAGGUUGUACACCUGUAUCACGAUUGAAUAAGAAAGAUAAUAGUAAAACACAUACAAAAUCGCCUUUAACCACACCUCAAAUAAUAUCAAAUAAUAGUAACAAAAAGUUACCCACUUCCACUAAAAAAUCUAAAACACUGAAUAUAGAACGUUUAAAAAACAUCAUGGAAAAGAGUACAGCAACGCCUAUAAAGCGAAAAAGUUUACAUAAUUUUCUGGCAGAACUAUAUUGAAAAUUUAGAUAAUAUAGUAUAUUUUAUUUUGUAAAUGGACAAAUAUUCAUACAAUUGCAAAAAUAUAUGUAAGUAUUAGUAAGUUAUUAUAGAGUUAUACACUCUAAAUUAUCUCUUAAUUGAUGAAUCUUUUACUUUACAAACCUGAAUUUGUAAACUUCCAUUUGAUAUUUAAAAAUAUAGAAAGAAGGAAUUGGCACAAAAAUUGUACAUUUCUUUAAUUAAAUCGUCUAUUUCUUGAAAAACAGUUAUAUAAAGACAAGAAAAAUAAAUAUAUAUUUUCAAACACUAAUUAUAAAUUCCAUCGAGAUAAAUAUUUUUUUCCCUCAUUGAAGAAACAUUCAAUUAAUGCAAAUUUUUGGUUGUUAACAAG